CUUCACUUCACAAUAAACAAACAAAAGAAAUUUGUCAUCAUGGAGCUUAAUAAAAAUACAAUCUUUCUAGUCCUACUUCUAUCAAUAACCAUUCUCCAAUCUUCAUCUGCAACCCCAAACCGGUCGGAACCAGACCGGUUCAUUGUGUCUUCAUGCCAAACCACCCAAUAUCCAUUAGUUUGCGUGCAUACACUCUCUGCUUACGCCACCAAGAUCCGCCACAACAACGACCAAGAUCUCGCCCAAACCGCUCUCACCAUCAGCUUAGCUCGAGCCAAAUCCGUUUCUAUCUUCGUCGCCAAACUAACCAAAGUGACACCAAGAUUAAAACGUAGAGAAUAUCUAGCAAUCAAAGAUUGCAUCGAAGUGCUAGGCAAUAGCGUGGACCGGUUAGCUCAAUCGGUUAAAGAACUGGGUCGAGCUGGUCAUGCCGUGGCUAGUGAGGACUUCAUGUGGAAGAUGAGUAACGUUCAAACAUGGGUCAGUGCCGCUUUAACCGAUGAGACAACGUGUCUAGAUGGAUUCUCGGAACGAGCCAUGGGAGGCAAAGUGAAGAGGCUGAUUCGGUUUAGGGUGGUUCACGUGGCUCAAGUCACUAGCAAUGCUCUUGCUUUGGUUAAUCAGUUUGCAGAGAAACGAAGUGCGAAGUUUCCUUAAAUGGAGUUUUUGUUAUCUUACUUAAAUGUGAAAAUUUUGGCUUGUGUGUGAAAGUUUGAAUCUAAACUUUAAAGUUGUGUAAAUUGUUAUCCUUUUUUGUCGGUCGGAAAGAAAACUCAAGAUUGUGUAACAAUCUUUGUUAUGUCCUGUAUAAUAUUGUAUUUUAAGAUAAAGAUAUAUACUGUAG